UUUUAAUUUCCGUAUUUCUAAAAAUGACAAGCGGAUUUGGUAUUAGACCAAACAGCUCCAUAUCUCAGCUUGAAAAUAUUUUCGCAAAUCCUUUCAAACAACAAAAGGCAGAUUCUGAAUGCAGCAACGCUAUAGAGGAAGAAUUUGUUUAUACUCCCUCAGAUAUUGUAAAAAUGUUGAAUCAAUUGUUGAAUGAAAAACAGUUAAGGCCGUGGAAAAGUCAAUUUGAGGAGAGGAUUAAAGCUUCGUCUUUGCCGGCCUUCGCCCUUCCUCCAAUGGGACCAGAAGAACAAGCAAUGAUGACUUUGAUGGAAAAUUGUGCCGUUAAAGCAGUAAUUACGAGCGUUCUUGGUGCCGCUAUGGGUUUAGCUUUUGGACUUUUUACAGCUUCAAUGGAUCCAAGUUUUGCAGUGAGUAAAGAUCCGAGUAAACCGUUAACAUUGCGCGAGACGUGGACUGAAAUGCGUUCAAGAAUGCGUAAUUAUUCACGCCAAUUUGCCUCUAUUGGAUUAAUGUUUUCUGGGACGGAAUGUUUAUUAGAAACUGUUAGGGCUAAAAGUGAUUGGAAAAACGGGACAUUUUCUGGUGCUAUUGUUGGCGGAUUAUUAGGUUUUAGAGCUGGAUUGAAACCCGCAAUUUUGGGAGCUGCUGGGUUCUCUGCUUUCUCAACAGCGAUUGAAUUUUACAUGAGAAGAUGA